AUGGAAUACUCCAGGAUAACAGAAACAGACGUUAGAGCAGCAAUAUCUAGGACAGCCAACUGGAAAGCUGCAGGUCCAGACAAAAUACAAAACUUUUGGUGGAAACGACUGUGGGUCACACAUGCGUACCUAGCCGAGCAUUUCUCCAAAAUAGUGUCUGAUCCAGAGUUACUACCGUCAUUCUUUACAACAGCCAUAACUCAUCUUAUCCCUAAGGACACAACGAAAAUCAAUGAUCCAUCCAAGUACAGACCAAUAGCAUGCCUCCCCACUAUAUACAAAAUACUCACGGCAUGCAUCUCUAACAAAAUCUACAACCACCUAGACAGGAAUAGUUUGAUCGCUGAAGAACAGAAAGGGUGCAUUAGAAAAGCGUAUGGCUGUAAAGAACAACUAGUCAUCGACUCAGUCAUAUCAAACCAGGCAAUAAAAAGCAAUAGAAAUAUUCAUAUGGCUUACAUCGACUAUCAAAAAGCAUUUGACUCUGUGCCACAUUCCUGGUUGAAAUAUGUACUGAAACUCUAUGGUAUCCACCCCCAAAUACGGACGUUUCUUGGUCUUUGCAUGAAAAAGUGGAAUACUGACCUAACACUCCACCAUCAAGGGAAGUCGCUGAUUGUACCGAGGAUGAGGAUUAAAAAAGGAAUUUUCCAGGGCGACAGUCUGAGCGCUUUAUGGUUCGUCAUGUCAAUAAAUCCUCUCAGCCUGCUUCUGAAUAACAGCCGAUACGGCUUCGAAUUAAAGACUCCUAAUAGAUCCCAUAGGUUAAGCCACUUGCUCUAUAUGGAUGAUCUCAAACUAUACGCAUCUUCAAAACAACAACUAUCAAGUAUGAUCCGGAUAGUGGAAAUGUUUAGCACGGAUAUCCGAAUGAAGUUUGGUUUGGAUAAAUGUAGAACUAUCCAUAUAAACAAGGGAAAGUUUUCUAACGUGGUGAACAUACAAGAAUCAGAGAUUCAAAACAUGCAAGAGACGGAUCUUUACAAGUAUCUUGGAAUUGAGCAGGCGCGAAAUAUUGAUCAUGUUGGCACUCGAGAAAAACUCGAGAAGAUAGUGUACGAAAGAACGCGCAAAAUAGCCAACAGUUGUAUAAAUGGUCGAAAUAUGAGCAAGGCACUUAAUACCUUUGUUAUUCCAGUACUGACCUACUCUUUCGGCAUUAUAAAAUGGUCAAAAACCAGCAUCAAGCUAAUAGAAAGCAAAAUGCGUUCAAUAUAUAAAAAACACGGUCACCUCCAUCCCAACUCGUGCCGUGAGAGAUGGACUCUUCCAAGAAGUGAAGGGGGAAGAGGAGUAAUACACCUACUCAAUAUGCACAAUAAACAAGUGAACAAGCUACGAGAGUAUUUCUACAAUAAAGAUGCUGCACUACAUAAAACCGUAAUAGAGGCAGAUAAAAAAUACACUCCAUUAAACAUGGCAGAUAGAAACGCAGUAUUUCAAAUUGAAAUAAACGAUGAGAUCCUGCAUCAAUGGGCUCAGAAGGCGGUCCACGGCGGGCAUUUUUCCGACCUGCAUCAGGAAGAUGUUGACAUUAAAGCGUCAAACAAAUGGCUGAGCAACGGAGACUUGUACGCCGAGACCGAAGGCUACCUGCUGGCUAUUCAGGAUAGAUUAGCCGUGACAAUGUCAACUUUAACAAUUGACGGUUUUCGGUAUAACACCAAGUGCGCCAUGGGUAACGGCCAUUUGAAUUGGGCUUGCGCAUCCGCGGGAUGUCCUGUAUUGAUCACCACGACCAAAAGACGUCAACUGAUCAAAAAGAGGCACUUGCACAAUCACCUGAACGUCACGUACCGAGGAGAGACAACCAUGAUGUCGGGCUUGAAGCGCAAGGCUACCGAUGAUUGCGACGAAGAACAGAAGCUGAAAAAGCUGAAGAAACGUUUAAGGGAGGAAGAGAGGAAAUCUGCCGUCGAGAAGGACCUUCGCAAGUCUGUGUUGCGGCGUAACUGGAUCCAAAAUGUCUACGAUGAGUACUUGGAGAUACAGCUGUAUAGUCCUAAAAUUGUUUGA